AUGUUACUAUCAAUACCCUUCCUCCUUCUAGCCAUCCCUUUCCUAGCCUCUUUGGCCUUCGCCCGCGACGUCCCCUCCAACCUUCAAAACCUCUACACCAAACUCCUCACGCAGAAAUCAUGCAAACACCCUUUAUCCGAUCGCGGCUUCUACAGCACCGAAGAUGGUCCUGACACCUACACCUACUGCGGCGACCACCUCACCGACUUCAAGAUCCUCUACAUCCGCGGCCGCGGCAAAGGGCAUCUAGCCAACAUGGACGUUGACUGCGACGGACUACAAGGAGGCGCCGGUGACGACGGGCGCUGCUCCAUCGGCGCCAGCCCUGAUUACCAGGGCAUUACCGCCUUCCAAGAGACCGUCGCUUCGUACAAUGUCUCUGGUGUCAGAGAUUUGAAUACCUACGUGCAUCCGUACGUGGUAUUCGGGAAUGAAAUCGAGAGCGAUGAUAGCAGCUUAGACGGGCACAAGACCUUUGAUCCGAUGCAGUACGGAGUCGAGCCGCUGAGCGUGAUGGCCGUGGUGUGCAAUGGCGGGAAGAAGUUGGUUUAUGGAGUGUGGGGCGAUACGAAUGGGGAUGAUGGGGCGAAGUCGAUGGUUGGGGAAGCUAGUCUGGCGCUGGCGACGGAAUGUGGAGGGAAAGAGAUGAGCGGGAGUAAUGGGAUUGAUGAGGACGAUGUGCUGUAUUUGGCGUUUACAGGGGCGGACGCGGUUCCUGGGGCGAAGGGGGCGAAGUGGGAGGCGGGCAGCUUCGAGGAGUUUGAGAGGAGCAUCGAGGAAUUGGGAGAUCAGUUGGUUAUGAGGAUUGCGGAGGAUGGAAGCGCAUCGGGUACGGUGAGGGUGUCGUGGGGAUUGAUGGUUUGGAUGUUUGUGCUUUUGGUUGGUAGUCAUCUGGGCGGUUAUUGGAUUUAA